GUUUUCUGGAAGGUUAAUAAAUGAUGUGAAUGAAGAAAGACUGUUGGGAGGCAAGAUGCAUCAGGCAAGGGUAGAGCAGAGUCGUUGCCCAGCAGUCGUCUGUACCACCAGUGAGCUUCCCGCCAUCUCGCCCUAGAAGACGAUCGCUGAGCUGCAUCUGCGGAAGACCCUGCUUAGCCAUGGCCCCACCUCCCUCCGUACGCCGUCGAUCCUUUGCCAUCUUGUUUAACAUGGGCAUCAAAAGAAGGCGACAAACCUGCCAGUCCAUCCUAGACAGCUGCUGAGCAUGCGCCGGACGCCACAGGGGCCACCGGGAGCUGUAGUUUCACCGCGGAUGAAGGCAGUAGGAAGAUCGAGUUGUUGGACUACGAAUCCCGGCGGCCCCAGCGGCAGGCCCAAAUGUUCGUCCUCCACUACCAGCCGCCCCCCUCCUUAUCUUCUCUCACCGAGGCAUCUGCAACGAUGAGAGAGUGAAGGCAGGAAAUAAGGAGCGGAGCUCGAGCAGGAAGGAAAGAAAGGAAAGGCAGGGAGCUUACACGGUUGGGCUGUUCUAACCCUUUGAACUCAAACAUGGCACAGACACUGCAGCUGGAGAUUCCCAACUUUGGAAACACGUUGUUGGAGUGCCUGAAUGAACAGCGAUUACAGGGGCUCUACUGCGACAUCUCCAUCGUGGUGAAGGGACAGACGUUCAAGGCCCACCGGGCUGUUCUGGCUGCCAACAGCUCCUAUUUCCGGGACCUCUUUACGGGAACUACCCGGGCAGCCUUCGAACUGCCAGCAGCCGUGCAGCCCCAGAGCUUCCAGAACAUUCUGAACUUCUGUUACACUGGGCGGUUGUCCAUGAAGGCAGGCGAGCAGUUCAUGCUGAUGUACACAGCAGGGUUCCUGCAGAUCCAACGCAUUGUGGAGAGGGGUACUGAGCUUCUGUCCAAGGUCAGCUCACCCAGGUGUGACUCUCAGGGGCUGAGCGCUGAAGAACCUGGCUGGGAGCCUCAGAGCUCAGCCCCAUCCCUGCCCCUGGCACUUCCUCUCCCACUCCCAUCCCGAGUCAAAGUGGAGCAGAGUGAUGUGGGCUGUGGCCGGGGCAGACGAGCUGCCGAGGGGUGCACAGCAAGCAGCUCCAAGUCUGCCCGCCUGACACAUGAGGGAGGAAGUGGGCAAGGCUGCACUGCUAAUGCACCAUGGGACAACGCCAGCCCAGGAGGCAGCAGCCUUCACCCUAGUGACAGUCCCUUCUCCUGUCAGAAUGAUGAAGAGGAGGAGGGCGAAGAGGAGGGGCUGGAAGACAUGACAGAGGAGCAGUAUGUCCAGAUGUGCAGCAUGUACAAUGUCAUGAGUGUCCCACAUGGAGCAACCCCAGAGCGGGUGGAAGCUCUGCCUGAUCACAUUGAUGGGCGUUCCAGGAUGAGGAUCCGGCAUGACCUGGCAGUUUUGCCUGCUGACCUCAUCAAUCAGAUUGGACAUCGCUGCCACCCCAAGCUGUAUGUGGAGGGAGACCCUUCAGAGAAACUCGAGCUUGUUACAGGUGCCAGUGUGUACAUAACACGGGCUCAGCUGAUGAACUGCCACAUCUGUGCAGGGACAAGGCACAAAGUAUUGCUUCGCAGGUUGUUGGCUGCAUUUUUUGACCGAAAUACUCUGGCUAACAGCUGUGGCACCGGAAUCCGUUCCUCCCUCUGCGAUCCUAGUCGGAAGCCACUGGAUAGCCGGAUCCUCAAUGCUAUUAAAGUUUACUGUCAGAAUUUUGCUCCAAACUUCAAGGAGAGUGAGAUGAAUGCCAUUGCUGCAGAUAUGUGUACCAAUGCCCGAAGGGUGGUCCGCAAGCACUGGAUCCCCAAGCUGAAGCUGAUGCUGGCAGAGGGAGAUGGAGUCUAUCGUUCAGUCAUCACUGACGUGGCUGGUGGAGGCUUGCCAGAUGGAGCAUCUGGGAGCCAAGAAAUGGAGCUGUCAGGCACUGGGCACAGGCAUGAAGCUGGUGGAUUGAGAGCCAAUGGCUCUGGCCACAGAUAUGAGACGGGUUUUCCGGAUGGUUUAGAUGACUCUGGGAGUGGGAUUGUAGAGGCUCCAAACUAAA